AACCGGAGGUCCCGGCGGAGCCCGGGGUGUCACAGGAACCGGCGGUCCCAGCGGAGCCGGGGGUCGCACCGGAGCCGGGGGUCCCAGCAGAGCCGGCGGUCCCAGCAGAGCCGGGGGUCCCAGCGGAGCCGGGGGUCCCAGCGGAGCCGGGGGUCGCACCGGAGCCGGGGGUCCCAGCGGAGCCGGGGGUCCCAUGGGUGAGCGCUGCCCGGGGACCCCGCGCACGGCCCGGCCGGGCUGCACGGGACACGGAGCGCCCGGCACGGCCGGUGCCACCGGGAGGGGUCCCCAAGGCUCGGGGGGCGCGGGCGGGGGGCGCGGGGGUCUCCGGGUGGCCGCCCUCAGCCUCGCCCUCCUCUUCCUCCGCGCAGAGGCCGAAGGCUUCGCCCCCUGCCACGCGCCCGCGCUGCAGACCAAGGUGUUCCGGUACCGGCUCUGGGACGUGAACCAGCGGUCGCUGUACCUGCGCGGUGACCAGCUGGUGGCCGGGCACCUGCAGGGCGCCAACGCCGCGCUGGAAGGUGACGCGGGGACACGCGCGGGGACACGCGCGGCGACACGCGCGGCGACACGCGCUGAGGGUCCCCGUGUCACCCGCAGAGAAGGUGUUCUGGGUGCCCAACCGCGCCCUGGAGCCCGCCCGGCUGCCGGUGAUCCUGGGCAUCCGGCACGGCUCCCGCUGCCUGCGCACCGAGCGCGGCCCCGCCGGAGAGCCGCGGCUGCGGCUGCAGGACGUGGACAUCCGGGAGCUGCCCCGCGCCGGGGACAGCGCGGCCGCCUUCACCUUCUUCCGCUCCUACCGGGACGGGCUGUGGCGCUUCGAGUCGGCCGCGCACCCCGGCUGGUUCCUGUGCACGGCCCCGCGCGGCCACCAGCCCCUGGCGCUCUGUCGCCACCGCGAUGUCACCUCCCACCUGCUCGACUUCUACUUCCAGCUCUGCUGAGCGCCCCCCGCCCCCGCGCGGCGACAGCGGAGCCCAGGGUGGUGGCAUCUGCCUCGGGAGGGUGGCAUCUCACCCAGGGUGGUGGCAUCUUCCUGGGGAGGGUGGCAUAGCCCCCAUGAA